AUGGUACUACAGGAUGGUAUUUGUCAAGACAGAGUAUCUCCAUUCGACUUCAACUUCCCAAGUAUUCCAAAAGUCGAAGAGUUUCAGCUUGAUUCAGUUCCCUAUGAUAACAGGAUCGUUGGGGGUCACGAAGCAAGUAUAGAAGACUUUCCUCAUCAAGUGUCUUUCACGGUGAAGAACUCCUAUCUUUGUGGGGGCUUCAUCGUCAGCGAGAACUAUAUCCUGACAGCAGCCCAAUGUGUGAUGAGAGUACACCCAAGCGAAGUGGUCCUUCGAGCAGGCAGUACCAAUAGGAAGAAUGGUACCAUCAUUCCCAUAGCUGAACUCAUUCCACACCCUGAGUUUGACGACCCAGCAAUUGACAAGGACGUAGCCUUGAUGAGGACUGUUAAUCCUAUAAAGUAUACUGAUACUAUACAACCAGUGAAGUUACCGGAAUUGAAUAGAACUAUGGUCAGUGAUACUAUGGUUCAGGUUAGCGGAUGGGGCAGAACGGAGGCAGGAAACAGUUCAGUUCCUGAGAAUCUGAUGGCCGUGGAGAUGUAUGUGGUGGCUCGUUAUAAAUGCCAGUUGGUGUACAAUGAUCUGCUGACUGACAAUGAGUGGUGCGCAGGGAAUUUCUUCUUCGGUCGCCAAGGAAUUUGUUGGGGUGAUUCAGGCGGUGCGGCAAUACAAGACGGCCUGGCUGUGGGCAUCGUGUCGUACGCGCGUGGCUGUGCCCGACCGCUCUCGCCGAGUGUGUUCACCGAUGUGGCCGCGCCACCUAUAAGAGAAUUUAUUGAACAAUAUACUGGCUUGUGAGAAUAAUAAAUUGGGCAAAAAUA